GAUCCAGUUCAGUCGGGGAUACUGUACUUGGAAUGGUGUGCUUUAUCCCGCACCAAAGUUUAUUCCGGAUACCGCACAUCACCCUCACAAAAGAUCGGCCAUAGCAUACAAAAGAUCGGCCAUAAUAGAUAGUCGUACUCCUGUAUCACAGAGCACAGCCAUGCAUGAAUCGCAAUGACUACCAGCGAGAAGGACCGUGAUUUUGAUCCAUUGGACGGCUGCGUGUGGCCUGAUCCCAAUCCUGUUUCCCAUGGCAAUUGUCAGAAUGGAUUGCUGUUGAACGAUGUGUCUGGGCUGAGUGAGACUUUGGUGAGCCGCAUUUUCUUUCCCAAGACGACCGCAGACGUGGAGAGUGUUCUGAAGCAAGCUCUAGAUGACGACAAGCGAAUUGGCAUUCGAGGAACUCAGCACAGCAUGGGUGGACAGUCGUUGCAGCGAGAUGGGUAUAUCUUGGAUAUGAAGUACUUGGAUCACUACCAAUAUUCCGCACAACCAGAACAAGAAGAAGAAGACGUCAUCACGGUCGGUACUGGAUGCACCUGGGCCACUGUCAUUCGAGCACUCAAUCCGCACGGAAAGUCUCCGUGUGUCCUACAGAGCUACUGCAACUUUAGUGUGGGUGGAACUUUGAGUGUCAAUGCACACGGGAUUACCUCGGACGACACCAUGGCAUCCUGUGUCAGAUCCUUUGUCUUGGUACACUAUGAUGACGCGCAAGAAGGAAUGGUACGCACUACCCUUUGCACACCCCAACAUGAAUUGUUCUCGCUCGCAUUGGGGGGAUACGGACUCUUUGGAGUCAUUACCGAAGUGACCUUGGCCGUCACGGACAAUAGCGAUUUGAUUCUGGAUUCUCUCAAGAGUCUCAAAGUCACACCACCAGAGGCAUCUAAUGCAGAUCCAGACGACCCACGUUCCGAAUUUGAGCGAAUUUGGGAUGCGUGUCGAGAGGAUCCCUCGGUAGAUAUUAAAUUGGCACGGCUCAAUAUCCUCACGCUCGAGACCGCGUCCUUGUAUGUAUUUCGCAAAGACGGAUUGCCCGUGGCGUCUCGACUGCCCAUGCGGCCCAAGGAAAUAUCCGCCGUGGGGCGACUUCUCUACAAGUGGGCAUUGCCACUGCUCAAAGACUACCGGCAGUACCGAGAAGAAACCCAAGGACAAGCCAUCGACAUGCCACCUCACAACCACGAGACGACACGAAAUGAAGUUUUGUGGGAGAGUGCCACGCCCUUGUCCAAAUUGUACACUCCGUUCAUGGUGGCACACGACAGUUUUGUACUCCAAGAAUUCUUUGUGCCGCAGGAUCAAUUCCAGCCGUGGAUCCAACAAGCACGGCCCAUUUUUCAAGAGAUAGAUGCCUACCAAAAACAGGGAACGGACCAAGUUCCUCCGCAGUCUUUGGUAUUGCUGAAUACGACAAUUCGCUACGUCAACCAGGAUGCCAUCACUGCCCUGCCCUACAGUUAUUCUCAUCAUCAUCAUCAUCAUCAAAAAGGCUGCUAUGCCUUUGUCUUGUACUAUCGCAUCCGCAAAACUCCCCCGGUGGAACUGGAUCUGGGAAACUUUCACAAUCGUCUGGCGGAAAUUGCAGUUGGCAUGGGUGGAACCUUUUAUCUGCCGUAUCGGAAAUGCUACGACAGCAAUCUUCUGAGGCAAGCGUAUCCCCAAAUUGAAGCAUUUGCCAAGAAAAAGGAACUACAUGAUCCUAGGGGAAUCUUUAGCAACGCUUGGUUUGAACACUAUUUGCUGCCCAUGUGCAGUGCAGAGUUCCAAGCGAAAUGGACACAAGACACAAGCAAGGAGAAUACUCCGGAGCAGCCGGACAAUAACGUGGUCACUACCGAUGCCAUGGCAGAGGAAGAUUUCGUGAAGGCCUUGCCUCGAAACGACGACCCCGACCUGACGCGCCGCAGCAACUCGUUUCGCAAGCUACUUCGGAACCGUAGCUUGCUCAAACAGUUUGAGCAGGAGUUCCUGGUCCAUGUGUUCCACAUUGCCAGCCCGGCUGAUGUCACACGCAUCAUGGCGCAUGCUGCGGCGGAUCCUCGAAACCGUGAUGAUGCCGAUAUCUACAAAGUUGUUUACGAUUACUUCCAGAAAGAAUCAUCCCCGGUGACAAAGGCGCAGCGUGGGUGGCGAGGAAUUCGGCAAUUGUGUCGUCAAAAGGCAGAAUUGACGCACCAAACGGCUGCCAUGCUCCAUCGUCUCGGAUUGUUGGGUUGUAUUCGAAGCUACGUGUCUUUGGGUGAUCAUGGCAAGACUGUCAGGUCGUUCCAGGAAGCGCAAGUAUUUGCAAGUGAUUAUCAAGUGUGGAUUGCGCACAAGUUCGAGCCUGACGAUGAAACUUCGUUAAACGUUGUCCUGGAGAGAUGUGGCAUGGAUCCUGUAGGAGAGAAAGUCCCAUUUGACUAUCUGGAAGACGAACCCAGCGAGAAACUGAGCGUCAUUCCCUCUGGAGUAGUGGACUUGGUAACCAUCAAUCAAGGCCUCCACCACAUGCCACCAUCCAAGCUGUACGGAGUCCUCUCGGAAGUUUACCGAAUGCUGGCUCCAGGCGGGUUGUUUAUUUUUCGAGAACACGAUCUACGGCUAGAGCCAUCUUCGACCUCGGGCACAAAUACUGAUGUUGCGAUGUUGGACAUGGCUCACAGCAUAUUCAAUGCUGUCACGGGUGUUUCUCCGGAUGAUGAAGCCUCGGAAAUCAGGGCCUUCAGGCCAUUGACUGAGUGGCGCGAUCUUUGUAGAAGGACGGGCUUUGUCGAUACUAUGCUAUACGGUCUAGAAGUAGGAGAUUGUACGUACGAUUUUAUGCUGUGUUUCCGCAAAGAAGGCAACCCAGAAACCAUCCAGCGCCCAGCAGAUUUCUUUUCCUCCCAGACCAAACGGAUGGAUCCUCCCGAGCUGCCGAUCUUUGGCGCUGUUCGCACCUUGCUCUCUCAAGUACCGGCCUUCGUGGGCAUAUAUGCCGCUGACGGGGUCAACCUGCUUCUGGCCAAUCUGCCGAGGCUCCGAAGCGCUAUAGAUCAGUUCAUUCUUUGCGAUUUGCCAGAGGCUCUGCAAGCUGAUGCUCGAUGCCAGGAAUUCUUGGAAACAGAACAGUUUCUUGAGAUUCCCAAAAAGAUCCACGGGCUCUUUGUGUUGUUCGUCAAUAAGCUACAAGAGUUGGGAACUGGAGCCAAGUCGCUUCUCGAUGCCGGACAAGUUCGUCAGAUAUCAAAUAUUGCGGGACUCCUGUCAAUGAAAGAAGUGUGGCUCAUUCUCCCGACGAUAAAGCGCCGAUCCGUUCAAACACCGGAGGCUGUCGAACGCGUGGAGCAGAUGGUUCUAGAGUUCGUUGAGGAAAACAUACCAAUGCUACUUCAAGUUGGGGAAAGCAAGCAAGAACCUGACGCCCCGGCAAACGAGAAUGCUGCGUCUCCCGGCUCGCCUGAAGCCGACGAAUCCGUCACGGCGGAAGAGGUUAUGCUUAUGAUUGAAACUCUUCAAUCGGAAAUACCAGGCAUUUUGGAUCCCAAAGUCGUCCUUCCGAACAGCGGUUUCACGCUGACCCAACAAUCUGCCUUGGUGGGAGCUUCGGCCUCAUCUGACCUGCAUGCGUUUGCGGAGAGGGUGGCUUGGCUGCAUGACAGGUCUUCCUUUACUGAGCUUCGCGACGCCCUCGUAGGACCGAAUCAAAGCGUGCUUCAGACCAAGCAUUUGCCGACCAAGGAUCGGCUCUUGUCGCCUCAGCAUCCGUGGCAUCGGUCUAUGAUCGCAUUUUUCAAAGGACCGAGAGUUAUCCUCAACCAAUCCACAUUGUUCGGUGUUCGUAUGGUGGGACUUUCCGACUUCAUUGAUGUAUACAACGAAGCCAAAACUCUUGCGCAGCGAGAACAAGCCCGCCGGGCAGAAAAUGCAUCCGGUCUUUCAUCUGAUGCUGUCGCUGUAUUGCAAUUCCUCACCAAGGAAGUCUCCUCGGAUGAGCACAUCAAGGAAGUAUCUAUUCGGUUUGAUGCCGGUGGAUCACAUGGCUCACGCGACCUGUUUGAUGUUGGUGAAAUCCUUUUUGCCUCGUUUGGGUACAGCAGCCUCACGAGCAAGCCAAGCGACGUUACGAAUGAACUAAAGGAUCUCCAGCGGUCACUCGCUCUGGGGCGGCGAUCUGCAAGUGGUGCCGGGAAUCCAAUUGUGACGAGCUUGAUGGAGGAACCCCAUGCCGGUCGUCCAGGUUGGCUGCCGGUGCGAGAAGAGAUACUCAAGGGAUUUCGAAACCGUGGAAAUGCCACCCAGGCGGGAGACUCGGCGAGAAGGUUCGUUGUUAAAGCCGGUACGCUUGGCAUGGCUGGAUCCAACAAUCUCAAGGUGCAGUACCGCCCAUUGUGGACAUCUGUCCCAGCCGGCGAUGUGGCCAAUCUGUGUCAGUUUGCACAAGGAGCCAACUUGGUGGAUCCCACUUUCCACGCCAAUGACGGACACUACAUGUGGUUCAAGCUUCCGGAAUGGAUGCAGGUCGAAGUCAUUUCCAAGUUGGCAACGAGUCUUGAUCAUACUCCUUGGUACUACUUUCCUUUCUCGGAGUUCAUGGCAAACUACUUUCGCGUCUUGCUGCAGGUCUGCCUCAUUGUCUCCAAGGAGUACGGUCUUGUGACGGCAUAUGCAAGCGUCCCGUUCUUCUACGACCUUGUUCCAGGCAUCAUCAUGUCGGCCUUGUUUGCGCAGCUUCAGGCACUUGCCGUUCCCAUCACAAAAGCACUAGAACCACCGAAUGAGGCCGUCAUGGUGGAAGAAAUUCUGUUCCUGAUGCCCUUCGACAGUUCUUCUCAUCUUCAUGAGAGUCCGCAGUCACUGCUCAAGAGGUUGGUGGAUAGCCGGAUCCGCAGCGCUCAUCUCAUCUGUAAACCCAUCAGCAAUAAGGGUGGAAUGGGACUUUAUCGAAUGGUGGUUCCAACGUACAAGGCCAUGGGUGAGAUUCUGGUCCAAAUGGCACUUGCAUUGCCUUCUGCGCGUUUGUUGCAAAUCAGCAACCAGCAAGUCGUUCAAGUCCUGUUGGCAGUGUCCUUGGAAGAAGAAGAAGAAGAAGGAAGACCACUAGCAGCAGGGAACAACGACACUGUGGAUUCGACAGUCCGCAAGAUCAACAACGUGGAAGGAUUGGAGGUUGUGAUGCGCUUCCAGUACCCCGCCGACAACAUUGCUCGACGUCUCGAGGGCGAAACCAAGGCACGAGAAGUGCACUUGGCAGUCAAGGCACAGGUCUGCCAGUUGCUGACCCUGCUUCACAUGGUGUCGUGGAACGACCGCAUUACCGUGAAGCAAAUCUACGAUUUUUGGGCUUAGCUACGACAAGCUCACUAUAGCCCAGUGAGUACAACAGUACAACCUAUGGACUUAGUUCAUUCACUUUUGCAACGAUCGUAGUGCACUAGCUAGCCAUAUGUUGCCUCCAAUCAUGCGGUUGGACCAGCUCGAGCAUUGCUCCUGUCCUUGCUUGGCUCAACUUGAAUAACCAAGAUGCUAUGCUGAAAUAACCUCGGCAGUCUUGCUGCCAGAGCCCUCACCCCCUUUAAUUACCUCGGCAGUCUAUCUGCCUGAGCCCUCUACCCCUUUAAUGGCAAAUAACCUCGGCAGUCUAUCUGCCUGAGCCCUCUACCCCUUUAAUG